ACUGAAUUAAAAGCUUCAUCACAUUCAUCCCAGUUAGCGGCUACUACCAUUAAAUCAAAAGAUUUCCAACAUUUUUUUUAUUACAUGUAAGUCCCUAAAAAUCGCAAAAAGUCACACCGUCAAAAUGCUCGGCGUUUCAACCUUUCACUCACCGUCGCCGUCGUUGAAACCGCCGUCGCAUUCAACCAUUACUCGUCUGAACCCUAAACUUCCACUCUCUUUCUCGAUUUCCCCAAAUUCGAAUCGCUUCUCCACCGCCAAACCUCUCAUCAUUCGCGCCAUCGACGCCGCACAAUCAUUCGACUACGAAUCCAAAGCCGCACUUCAAUUCCAAAACGCUCAAAAGCUCAAAAUUGCUAUAAUCGGUUUCGGCAACUUCGGUCAGUUUCUCGCGGCCACCUUCGUCCGUCAAGGCCACACCGUCUUAGCUCAUUCCCGCUCCGAUUACUCCGCUGUCGCUCAAUCUCUCGGCGUCAAAUUCUUUCCUAACGCCGAUGAUCUCUGUGAAGAACACCCCGAAGUUAUUCUCCUUUGUACUUCGAUAAUUUCAACUCAUAAUGUUCUCCUUUCUCUUCCAUUUCAGCGGCUCAAACGCAGUACAUUGAUCGUCGAUGUACUUUCCGUCAAGGAAUUUCCCAAAAGCCUUCUUCUCGAAUUGUUGCCGAACGAUUUCGAUAUCAUUUGUUCACAUCCUAUGUUUGGACCUGAGAGUGCAAGCCGUAGCUGGAGUGGACUUCCCUUUGUUUACGAGAAAGUUCGAAUUGGGGACGAAGAGCAUAGGGUUGCGAGGUCUGAGAAGUUUCUUGAUGUGUUUGGAAGAGAAGGGUGUAGAAUGGUGGAGAUGAGCUGUGCUGAUCAUGAUAGGUAUGCAGCAGGGUCACAGUUUAUAACACAUACUGUUGGUAGGGUUUUGGAUAUGUUGUUGUUGGAAUCUACUCCUAUUAAUACGAAAGGGUAUGAAUCGUUGUUGAAUUUGGUUCAGAAUACUUCUGGGGAUAGCUUUGAUCUAUACUAUGGUCUCUUUAUGUUUAAUAAGAACUCUUUGGAGAUGUUGGAGAGGUUGGAUUUGGCUUUUGAGGACUUGCGGAAACAGCUGUUUGCUCGUUUGCACCAUGUUGUGAGGAGUCAGUUGUUUGAGAAUGUUGGAAAGGUCCAGAAUUUACAAGAUAGCAACAAUUAUGCAGUGGCCAAGUAUGGCCAAAAUGGAUCUGCAAUUGUGUUGUCCUCCAACAAUCAGAGAUCUGCUGAUGCCAAACUACAUGGUUAUUACAAGUCAAAUGGUUCUUUCCUGUCUGAUGACAGCACAAAGCUCAAGAUCGCGAUCAUUGGUUUUGGAAACUUUGGUCAAUUCCUUGCAAAAACUUUUGUACGUCAAGGCCAUAAAGUGUUAGCAUACUCUAGAACAGACUACUCUGAUGUGGCUCAGGAUUUGGGAGUUUCCUAUUUUAAUGAUGCAGAUGAUCUCUGUGAACAACAUCCAGAAGUGAUUUUACUUUGCACUUCAAUCCUUUCAACAGAGAAAGUUCUUAAGUCAUUGCCUGUGCAGAGGUUGAAGAGAAAUACUUUGUUUGUUGAUGUACUUUCUGUCAAAGAAUUUCCUAGAAACAUCUUUCUUCAACAUUUGCCACCUUAUUUCGACGUUCUCUGUACUCACCCUAUGUUUGGGCCAGAGAGUGGGAAAAAUGGGUGGAAGGGCCUUCCUUUUCUAUUUGAUAAAGUCAGAGUUGGAAAAGUGGAAUCUAGAAUGUCGCGUUGUGAUCGGUUUCUUGACAUUUUUUCCAAAGAAGGGUGCCGAAUGGUUGAAAUGUCAUGUGCCGAACAUGAUUGGCAUGCCGCUGGAUCACAGUUUGUCACACAUACCACAGGAAGAGUUUUAGAAAAACUGAAGCUGGAGGCAACACCAAUAGACACAAAGGGAUAUGAGACUUUAUUGAGUUUGGUGGAGAAUACUGCUGGUGAUAGCUUUGACCUGUACUAUGGGUUGUUCUUGUAUAAUAUAAAUGCAAUGGAGCAACUGCAAAGAUUUGAUCUGGCUUUUGAGUCAUUGAAGAAGCAGCUUUUUGACCGUUUGCAUGGUAUUUAUCGUAAACAAGUAUUUCAAAAUGAAGAAAAUAUCCGUGAUUUUCCAGAGAGGUCUAUGUUGCCUGAGAUAUCAGAAGACAGUAGUGCUGUAUCAUCUUUUACAGAUACCGUGGAUGCCAAAUGAAAUUGACAUCCAAGGUUUACUUGUAGUUGGUAAUUGUUUGUAGGCCUAGCUUAUUCUCUUUGUAUUUCUUUAAUAAGUUUGUUAGUUUAUAAAAUUUCACAUCCAAUCUUUCUAAAAGCUCUGGACUGAGAUGAAAACAAAAAAUGAUUCUUCAGUUUGGAUGCUCGUCUUAAAUUCUUAGAUGUCAUAGCUUUCCUAUAAUUUUAGGCUUCUUUGCAUUUUUACCUAGCUGGAUUGACACUUUCUGGAGCUCACCCACUCAUAUUUUGUGUGCCAUUCUUAUUUAUGGUAUUGAAUGUUGGCUUGAGAAAUGUUAAUCCGAAGAGAGAUAUUUAACGAGUGUCAUCGGUUUUGAAUAUGUACAAUUCAGAUUUAUGAUAUUUACCUCGAUUGUUGUCUAGCUACUAUUUGAUUAAUGGCUACUGUUUAUUACUGUUC